GAAAAAGUGGUGUUGAUUCAUCAAUUAUGGCUCUAUGUUGUGACGUAUUACAAACUGACUUUUUUGCAAAAUGGGAUAUUAAAGAUCUGAUGAACAACUAUAGAAACGCGAUUAACGUUUUAUGUAGUACGAAUAUCGAACUUUUGCAGUUAGUAUUGGCCGUCGCCUUACUUAAGGAAUUCGUAAAUUGUCUUUGGAGUUCAUUAGAAUCAAUUCAAAACACAGAAACAGAAGCUAUGAUGUUCAAUAACAAAAUAGAAAAUAUUGAAGAAGUGAUUGAUGACAUUAAUCAAGCCAUGGAACGUCAAUCGUCGCUGAUUCGCUCACUCAAAUUAUAUUUUCUACGUGAUUUAUAUGUCAAAGGGCUCUCAUUGCACGGAAUUAAAUGUUUUUGUGAAGUACAACGCAGAACAUUUCAAUGGUUAGCUGAUUUUGAUUGGGGAGAAAACAAUAGUAAGAUUAACUUUGUAGCUUAUCGUUGUUACAACCAAUACUUAGAAGCAGAAACAACGUUUACUCCACUAUAUAAACGCGGUCAACCUAUGCAAUUUGAACAAUUUUUGAAUGGAGUUUCAAAUAACUCAACAAUAAGCACUAAAAUUAUCUCUUCAGAAACGAGUCAGACAGAGCUAUUGAUUAGAUCAGUUAUUGUCCAUACUAUUGCACUUCAUUCUUGCAUCUCUGCAGCAAAUUUUCCAUUAGCUGCAUACCUACAAACUUUAAAGGCUUGUAAAGACAUAUUUAUAUUGACAUCUCGCGUAGAAACUGAUUUCCUUCUUGAACUCACGAAUGCCCUUGGAAAUUUUACGCGUGCGGCUACACAUAUAUCGUUGGUGAAUGCGGUGGAACACAUUUGUCCACGAUGUGGAAAUCGUAUUGGUGGAUUAAAUUACACUGUCAAUCUAGGUAACAAGCGUCUCAAUGCUCAAGUAAUUAAUGGAGCCAAUGAGACAGUAACCCAAUUAGGCUACGUUUAUGAACCUAUUGAGAGCAGAAAAUAUGUAAACUAUCGUCUUCGUGAUUUAACGCCGGUUUCCUAUCGUAUAUUACAUUUUUUUGUGCAUGUACUUAUUGCUGCUGCAUCAAACGAAGAUCAUCAAGAUUUUUUCAAUAAUCAACAGAAUAAUGAAGCAAUUCAAGAACCUUUAGUUUAUUGUCAAAGUCAUAUAGAGAAUGAUUGGCAAAUAUUGACACGUCUGUUUGAUUGUAAUGAUGAGACCUUGGCUCUUGUAUUACAUUCAAUACUACAUUCUAUAUCUGAGAGUUCAAACGAAGUAAAGAUAAAAUUGGACACAGUAGAGAAACGACGAGCUUGGGAAAAUGAAUUCGCUCAACGUUACAUAAAUCCCAAAGUUGCUAAUGCUCGCCAUACCGCAACAGAUUUUCAAAAAUCAAUUAAAGAUUCUAAACGCACACUUGAAAGUGAAAUUAAUAAAACUUUAGAUAUUGAUGAAAAAUAUCAAGAAGAUUUUCAUCCACGAAUUUGGCGACGAGCAUCCAUCAGCAUUAACGAAGAGGUAUCUAUCAACAUUAACAAAGAGGCAUCUAUCAACAUCAACGAAGAGGCAUCUAUUAAUAUUAACGAAGAUGCAUCUAUUAACAUCAAUGAAGAGGCAUCUAUAAAUAUUAACAAAGAGGUAUCUAUCAAUAUUAACGAAGAGGCAUCCAUCAACAUCAAUGAAGAAGCAUCCAUCAACUUUAAUGAAGAGGCAUCCAUCAACAUCAAUGAAGAGGCAUCCAUAAAUAUUAAUGAAAAGGCAUCUAUCGAGGAAGCAUUAAUUAGAAGGUCUCCCAAUAAAAGAUAUCCAAACUUUACUACAGAAUUUCCAUUUUUGUCAUUAUUCUUUGAAAAUCAUGAGGAAUUGAUAUUGAUAAAAAAUCUGGUGCCAAUUGUGAAAUUCUCCCAAAUUCUUUCUUCAAGAUUAUGCUAUCGAUUGAAAAGAAGUGAUGCGCGCAAUCUUACGUUUGAACGAUUUCUUAAAAACAAUGAAGGACUAUCACCAGAAAAUCUUUAUGAAGCCUUUGAAAAUUUUGCCAAAGUAUGGAACUCUGUUAGGGAGCACGUUGUUCAGUUUGAAUGUCAUGAGUUUACAACUCCGAUGCUCGAAAUGACCAACAACCUCUCUGUAGUUUAUGCAUUAUUCGAAAAAAGGGACGAAUCAUUAUAUCUAUGUGGCGCGAUCGAAUUUUUGGCAAAUUUACAAAAUAAAUUCCUGCAACGGGUCUUGGCUAUUGAACCUGGUUGUCCUUCGUUAAGAUUUUUAGAAGGGCAAUUUAUAAAUAAUGCUAAAUGUCAUGUUCCUCAACAUCAAUAUUAUAUUGAAUCGUUAUUUCUUUCUGAGAUACGUGCUAAAAAUAUUAUAAAUUAUGAAUGGAAUCCUGAAUUACUUUCCUAUAGUCAACGUAAUCUUGAGCUUGUUCAUCUUAACAAAAAUGACGCACUUGGGUUAGAUGUGUUCCUUUAUCAUCUUGAACUAUUUUCAACUUCUCGAACUAUUUUGAGUGAAAUCAGAGAGUUAAUUCUUCAAGAUCAAAUUCCAGCUGAAAAACUUGAAUUUUUCUCUAUGGCUUCUUCAUAUAAUGCUUCAUCCAGAUUUACCUUUAGUGGUUUGAAUACUGCUGAUAUGGUUCCUGUUUUUGAUAAUCCCACGGAACUAUUAUCUGAACUUGAGAUUCUACUUUGUUUUUUGAGGCAAAUUUUGGCUGGAGAUCUUAAUGGAUUAAGAUUGAAACAUGUUGUAGCACUAUAUGAACUAGUGGAAGAAAAAAUUGCUGAUGUAGAAAUUGAGUAUAUAUCAGAUAAAUAUAAAGUCAAAAUAUCACAAAAAGACGAAAUUAAUGCAAAUAUUGAUUUUGAACAGUCACAUGGUAUUGGUGGUGGUAGUAGUAUAAAUAAACUUAAAAUUCCACAUGUAGCUUUUGCAUUAGUAUUGAAAAGAUUCAUGUUUCGUUAUUUGUCAUCAGAGAUGUAUAAUCCUAAUGAGAUACUCGCCAACUUUUUAGCUGGUGAUACCCUUAUUGAUUGUUGGCCAGUUUGGGUACCUGAUAAUAUUAUUCAUGAUAAAUUUCCAAAGUUAUUAUUAGCUACGAACAUUUAUGAUGCAUAUCAAUAUACGAUUCAGCAAAAAGAGAUUUCAAGGACAAGUUUUAGUUCAAGUAUACAUGGUGGGAAUUCUAGGGGUCAUGGAAGUCGUGGAGGUCGCAGAGGUCACGGAGGUAGUGGAAAUGUUGAUUUGAUGUAA